GACGGCUGCUCCUCAGCAUCUCACCUUCUUUCGACCUUUGGGCUUGCUGGCCAUCUUCCAUCACGACUCGGACGCGUCUGUAGCACGUCGCGGCAGCUCCAGGCCCCGGCAUCGGCAGAUAAACAGACAGACAGCGCUCGCUGUGCGCCGCGCCCUCGAUGAUGCGCCAUACGCCCUGGGCGACGUCGCUCGCGGCCCUGCUGGCUCUGGCAGGGUCGUCGGCAGCCUACAAGACGACGGCAAACUACUCCAUCGCCGAAUCGCCCGACGCGCUCUUCUCCAUCUACGGCGACCGCCCCGACGGCUGCCCGCCAUGCUUCAACUGCAACCUCGAGGACUUCAAGUGCCACCAGUUCGCCGGCUGCAGCAAGGCCAGCGGGAGGUGUAGCUGUCCGCCUGGCUUUGGAGGCGAGGACUGCUCAGAACCGCUGUGUGGCGCGCUUCCUGACGGCAAGGACCGCGCGCCGAGAGGAGGCGACAAGACGUGCCAGUGCAACGAGGGCUGGACAGGCAUCAACUGCAACGUCUGCGAGACCAACGACGCCUGCAACGCCAUGAUGCCUGAUGGCGAGGGUGGCGUGUGCUACAAGGAUGGACAGCUCGUCAAGGAGAACUUCCAGAUGUGCGACAUCACAAACAAGAAGAUCAUCGACACGCUCAAGGACAAGAAGCCCCAGGCCACCUUCUCCUGCAACGCUGAGUUGGAAGAGUGCAAUUUUCAAUUCUGGAUCGACCAGAAGGAGUCGUUCUACUGCGCCCUCGACACGUGCUCCGCCCAAUGGACCGCCGAGUCCGACCGCAACAUCACGAACUACAAGUGCGAGAACAUCAAGUGCGCCUGCGUGCCAGGCAGGAUGCUCUGUGGAGAGGAGGGUUCCAUCGACAUUGGCGAGUUCUUGACCGAGUCUAUUCGAGGACCCGGCGAAUUCAGGUCUGUCUCCUCGGUAAACAGCAGGGAUACUGGCAGCACCUUCUCUGAGCCCGCCAUGAACGACCUCAUCUCCAGCGUCUUUGGCGACGAGAGCAUCUUCCUCAAGUGCAACACCGGCGAGUGCAUGUAUCAAACUGAGGUUCCAGGUUACCAACGGCCUGUCAAGAAGAUCAACACGCCUCUGAUUGCUGGCGUCAUUGCUGGCUGUGCGCUCUUCAUAGUCGCGGCCAUCUUGGGCAUCUGGUAUCUCACCCAUCGAAACGACGGCAAGCGCCAUGGCUAUUUCCAUCUCUCAGAUGACGAGGAAGACGAGAACGCCAAGCUGUUGGCAGAUCACAAGCCUGCUGCUCUGUCUUUUGAGAACGUUGGCUACAACCUGAACGGCAGGCAGAUUCUCUCUGGCAUCACUGGUGCAGUUCACCCUGGAGAGCUCCUGGCCAUCAUGGGAGCGUCAGGCGCUGGCAAGACCACUUUCUUGGACAUCCUGGCCCGUAAAAACAAGAUCGGAGCCGUCACCGGCGACUUCUACCUCAAUGGCGAGAAAGUUCGCGACGAGGAGUUCAGGAACGUUAUUGGAUUCGUCGACCAGGAAGAUACGCUACUACCUACCUUGACCGUCCAUGAGACGAUUCUGGAUUCAGCAUUGCUUCGUCUCCCCAAAGAGAUGAGCCGUAUUUCCAAGGAGCAAAAGGUCGAGGAUGUUGAACGACAGCUCGGUAUCUACCACAUCCGCAACCAAAUGAUCGGCUCCGAGGAGAGCGGCCGUGGUAUUUCUGGCGGAGAGAAGCGCCGUGUCGGUAUCGCCUGUGAGCUUGUCACUUCGCCCAGCAUUCUGUACUUGGAUGAGCCUACGAGUGGUCUCGAUGCCUUCAACGCCUUCAACGUGGUCGAGUGCCUCGUCAAUCUCGUCAAGAACUACAACCGAACCGUCAUCUUCACCAUCCAUCAGCCGCGAUCAAACAUUGUCGCGCUCUUCGACCAACUGAUUCUUCUCGCCAAAGGACGGACUGUCUAUUCGGGUCCCUUCGAAAGCUGCCAGCCAUACUUUGACAACAUUGGAUAUACCUGCCCGCCUGGGUUCAACAUUGCAGACUACUUGGUGGAUCUCACUAUGCACGCAAGUGCGGCGCACCGAAGUAUAGACGAGGACAGCUCCCUCUUCACGAGGGAUGGACUUCGUACAAGUGCAAGCAGUGCGAUCGCAGUCAAAUCGAUCCCCAGCAUCAACAACCCAGAGAUUGAUAGAGACAUGGCCACCAGUCCCAGCAACUCGAGCACCCGACCCAGGAACAAGCGCAGGACCUCAAUCCGACAACAGCAAGAACGCGAGCUCUUCACAAGAAAGAAGACCUCUAUUCACGCAGACGGUACGGCGUCCCCCAAGACUGAUGACGAAGCUCCCUACGAUCGUCGAGAUGGUCUCAAAGCACAGUGGUUGAAGCUUACCCGUCAACAAGGUGGCCCGCCUGCUCAGAUUCUGGAAGACCUCGAUGAACUUCCUCCUCCUGCCGAUGGCGGUACCGGAACGAACUUGGAUACCCUCAUCACCGCCUAUACCGUAUCCGACGUUGCGGCAAGCAUCCGCGAAGACAUUGCCAGCUCCGUCGCAAGCGCACACGAAGCGAACGGAACAAACGGCGACACAGAAACGAACGGAUUCGUCGCGGCCGGCAAGCUAAAGGGCUUCCGAAAGGUCGGUCUCGCAGGCCAAUUCAUGAUCCUGUCCCGACGCACAUGGCGCAACCUAUACCGCAACCCAAUGCUAAUGCUCACGCACUACGCCAUCGCCAUCGUGCUCGCCGUCUUCCUAGGCUUCCUCUUCUACGGCCUAACCGACGACAUCAAGGGCUUCCAAAACCGGCUCGGCCUCUUCCUCUUCGUCCUCUCCCUCUUCGGCUUCAGCAGCCUCACCAUCCUCACCGUCUUCGCCCCAGAACGCCUCCUCUUCACCCGCGAACGCGCAAAGGGAUAUUACUCCCCGCCCGCCUACUUCGCUGCUAAAGUCAUCUUCGACAUCAUUCCCCUGCGCCUCCUGCCCCCUAUCAUCCUCGGCAUCAUCGUUUACCCCAUGACAGGCCUUAUUCCUGCCUGGCCCAAUUUCCUCAAAUUCGUCCUCUUCCUCGUCUUGUUUAACCUUGCUGCUGCAGCUAUCUUCCUCUUCAUCGGCAUCGUGUUCCGCAACUCCGGCGUCGCGAAUCUGAUCGGUGUGCUGGUUAUGCUGUUCAGUCUGCUGUUCUCGGGCUUCUUCCUCAAUAAAGAGAGUAUCCCUGGGGUUGCCAAGUGGCUGCAAUCUCUAUCAAUCUUCCACUACGCCUUCGAGGGCCUCAUCGUAAACGAAGUCAAAUACCUCUCCCUCAUCGACCACAAAUACGGCCUCGAUAUCGAGGUCCCCGGCUCCGCGAUCCUUAGCUCCUUCGGCUUUAAUGUGCUCGAUCUGUGGAAGGAUGUUGUUGGCUUGGCCGCGUUUGGUGGCGCGUUUGUGGUGCUGGCGUAUCUCGCUAUGCAUUUCUUGCUGGUGGAGAAGCGGUAGUGGGGGG